GAAGAUGCCUGAUUUUCUUUGAGGACUUCCAAGAAGCCAAGAUGGAUAAAAUCCUGGAAGCGAUCCUGGCUUCUUCCUACCCCGAUCACAUGAAGCAAGGCCUGGUGAGGCGCAUCAUCGAGGCUCUGAAGAGGACCAUGGACACCGAACAGUGUUGGUCAAUGCUGGAGCUUUCCACCAAGCUCUUCCUCUUGGGCGACACCAAAUUCAAGAGGUCCGUUGGCAAGGAGAUCCUGGAAGUCUGUGGGCUUUACCACCAAGAGGCCUUCGAGGAAUUCUUCAAUGCCCAGUUCCUCUUAAGUCUUCUCCAGGAAGGCUAUGGACCUCUGGGGAAGAGGAGUCUCUACGUGUUCGACUACAUACACCUUGGACUGCCCUUCGUGAUGGACGGCCCGUCGGCCAACGACGUCUUCAGCCUACUGAGGACCGAAGUCCUGCGGAAGAUCUGCGAGCGGCCGGGCCUGAAGCAAUGUGUGAAGAUCAGCAAGCUCUUAAUCCAGUACCCUCUCUGCGUCCCCACCGGCAAACGCCAGGUCCUCUUCUGCCAACAGCUUGUCCAAUGCAUCGGGCAGUUCCACACCACCUCGGGCAGGGAAGAGGCCAUCAUGGAGUUCUUGGACCAGGUGAUCCAAGUCAGCCUUUUGCUGCAGAAGAUCUGGAAGACUCAGGUGGCCUCCAUCCUUCCCUCCCUGAAGGAGCUCUUUGCCAUCAUUUCAACCAUCGACGAUCACGAUCCCUCUAUUGCCUUAGCCAGUGUGGUCCAGUAUGUUCCUCUAGAGUUGAUGGAUGGCAUCCUAAGAAACCUUACCAAUGAUGACAGCAUCACCGACCUUCAGAUGUUGACUGCGAUUGGAAGGAUGAUCGAAUGGGUCUCGUGGCCCCUGGGGAACAGCUUGGACAAAUGGAUCAUAGCCUUGCUGAAGAAUCUGGCGGCGGUGAAGAAAUUCAGCAUCUUGAUGGAAGUCACGCUUUCCAAAAUUGAACGGCUCCUGCCUCAUAUUCCCAGAGUGAUCGCUGCCCUCCAGAAGGAAAACUCCAAUUCGGCGUCACACUGUUUGAAUCAGCUGGCCGAACUCAUCUACUGCAUGUUCUUCUGUUUCUCCGGAUUCCCCGAUCUCUACGAGCCUCUGGUGGAAGCGAUAAAA